AUCAUCAUCAGCGGUGGGACUGCCGUGCUCCUCUGCUCGGCUUGCAGUCUCCACGGCACCUCUUGUUUUUGAGUGUAUGAGCUACCUAUUGAGCACUUCGCACGACUGGAGGAAUUGACGAAGAAAUUAGCCUGUUGGUGUUUUAGGCAGAGCGAAGGCUGAGCUGUGCGAAUGGAGAGAUAUGUGUUAUAGGGGGAGAAGAGGGACUGCCUGGCUGUCUUUACUCCCAACCAGGGAGACACUACGGUCAGUUAGUCGAUACAGCUAUUGACGAGGAGACGAGGUGGAUGAACAUUAUAAGUCGCCCACAUGCUUUGGAUUAGUUCCCGGACUUGUGAAAGGCAUCUGAAGCAGAAGGUGGGAGACGUGAGCGCACAACCCUUGCAGCCCGGGGGAAGAUGGCGGAGCGUUCCCGCAAGAGGUGGUGAAACCAAAACUUGGGCACUUCUUGGAUUUAUCGCCAGAGAUCUUAUCUCAGAUCGUAGGACACAUGCAGGCCAAAAAACGGUACUUAACCCUGUUCUCCGCCGGUGCGUGUCUCAUUCUGUUGUUUUGUUUUGGGGGGAUACAAGUCCCGCUAUCCAGACGGGGACCCAGCCGGCGUGAUGACCACAGCCUCACCGGUUAUCAUCCCGGGGCGCGGUGGCGUCGCUUCCCGGGGUCCCUGCAGCCUUUCAGUUCCUGGGAGCACGACCAGAGCGAUGAUCACAAUGAACACAUAUCUCCUAGACAGAAGAGGGACGCUAACUCAGGCGUUUACACUGGAAAACGCUGCAGAAUGGAUUCCUGCUUUGAUUUCUCUGUGUGUGCGAGGAAUGGAUUUAAAGUUUACGUCUACCCCCAGCAGAAAGGGGAGAAGAUGUCAGAGAGUUAUCAGAACAUCUUAUCAUCUAUUGAAGGAUCCAGGUUUUACACACCUGACCCAGGACAGGCGUGUCUGUUUGUCCUGAGUUUGGACACUCUAGACCGGGACCAGCUCUCACCCCAGUAUGUGCACAACCUAAAAGCAAAAAUCCAGAGCCUUCCUCUGUGGAAUGGGGGCAGAAAUCACAUCAUCUUCAAUUUAUACUCUGGCACCUGGCCAGACUACACAGAAGACCUCGGCUUUGACAUCGGCCUCGCCAUGUUGGCUAAGGCCAGCAUCAGCACAGAGAACUUUAGGCCCAAGUUUGAUGUGUCUAUCCCCCUUUUCUCUAAAGACCAUCCUAGGACAGGAGGGGAAAGGGGCUACCUGAAACAUAACACCAUUCCCCCUUUUAGGAAGUACAUGCUUGUGUUUAAGGGGAAGAGGUAUCUAACAGGAAUAGGUUCAGACACUAGGAACGCCUUAUAUCAUGUUCAUAACUCAGACGAUGUGGUCCUCCUCACCACCUGUAAGCAUGGGAAGGACUGGCAGAAGCACAAGGAUGCCCGCUGUGACAAAGACAACAUGGAGUAUGACAAGUAUGACUACAGAGAGAUGCUGUACAACUCCACAUUCUGUCUGGUGCCUCGAGGACGUCGACUGGGAUCCUUUCGUUUCUUAGAGGCUUUGCAGGCCGCUUGUGUGCCAGUGAUGCUGAGUAAUGGCUGGGAGCUUCCCUUCUCAGAGAUCAUCGACUGGAAUACGGCAGCUGUGAUCGGGGACGAAAGGCUGCUGUUACAGAUCCCUUCAACAGUGCGCUCCAUCCACCAGGAUCAGAUUCUGUCCCUGAGACAGCAGACCCAGUUCCUGUGGGAGGCUUACUUCAACUCUGUGGAGAAGAUCGUACUGACCACACUGGAGAUCAUCCAGGACCGGGUACUGCAGCACACCUCGAGGAGUAACCUCAUGUGGAACAGUCUGCCCGGAGGUCUUUUCACCCUGCCACAGUACGCGACAUACCUGGGAGAAUUCCCCUUCUACUACGCUAAGCUAGGUAUUAAGCCCUACCCUAAGUUUACAGCGAUCAUUCACGUGGUGACACCAUUGGUGUCCCAGUCCCAGCCGGUCAUGAAGCUGCUCGUGGCAGUGGCUAAAUCCCAGUACUGUGCUCAGGUGAUAGUUUUGUGGAAUUGUGACAAGCCCCUUCCUGCCAAACACCGCUGGCCUCCCACCUCAGUCCCUGUUAUUGUUAUAGAAGGCGAAAGCAAGGUGAUAAGCAGUCGUUUUCUGCCGUAUGACACCAUCCCCACUGAUGCUGUUCUCAGUCUGGAUGAGGAUACCGUGCUCUCCACCACAGAGGUGGACUUUGCCUUCACGGUGUGGCAGAGUUUCCCAGACCGCAUUGUUGGUUACCCAGCCCGCAGCCACUUCUGGGACAGCAACAAGGAGCGGUGGGGCUACACUUCCAAAUGGACCAACGACUACUCCAUGGUGCUGACUGGGGCCGCCAUCUAUCACAAAUACUACCACUACUUGUACACCACCUACCUUCCAGCCAGUCUGAAGACCAUGGUUGACCAGAUGUCAAACUGUGAGGACAUUCUGAUGAAUUUUUUGGUGUCCUCCGUCUCUAAACUACCACCUAUCAAGGUCACCCAGAAGAAACAAUACAAGGAGACCAUGAUGGGACAGAGCUCCCGGGCGUCUCGCUGGGCCGACCCGGACCAUUUUGCCCAGCGUCAGACCUGCAUGAACAAGUUUGCCAGCUGGUUUGGCACCAUGCCCCUGGUCCACUCUCAGAUGAGGCUGGACCCAGUCCUGUUCAAAGACCAGGUGUCCAUACUGCGGAAGAAGUACAGGGAUAUUGAGAGGCUAUAACCCUCCAGAGCCCCCCCGCUCCCUGGACAGGACAAAGGCAGAGCGAGGGGGCGUACAUGUAGAGAAACUCUGAGUCUUUCCGUUAUCGCAUGGAUGGAUCAGUGGGGGGAGCAAAUGAGCUCGGGUACACGAGGAAAAGAAACUAGAACAGAUGUGGAGGAUACCACAUUCGUUGGUCUCCGGCAUUUCCCCUAUCCACCCUUUCUCUGAUGCAUACAUACACUGACAACCACCAACUGAAGGACACCUGAGGGCUUCAAGACUUCUCCACUUCGAACAGAAGUGGACAAAGUCAUGGAAUUGGAAAUCAUAACUUGCUGCAUCAGUGUCCCAACAGUGGCUAAUCACUCCUGACUCUAACCCACUCUGUACACACUGCACAGGUUCCUGAAAGUUUUUUGGCUGACAGAAUAUUAUUGGUAAUUAUGUCUAUGAAGAGGAUAACACUAUUUUGGAUUGUGUCUAGCUAUUUUUUUUAUACCAUGAAUGAAUGGCCAGCACUACUCUCUCUGUAUUGUCUUAAUUCAAACCAAUGGCAGGGCAGGUAAAGAGAGGAAUGAUGGCCCCUCGAACACAGACAAGUUGUGAUCGUUGACAUUCACAGUGCCUAAAGUUUAUCUAAUGGCGUUGGGUUCUGGGUGUCUAGGGGAAGUGACUUUGAUGUUGCUGCUUUCUGUGUUUUUUGUUUCAUUUUCAAAUUUGCGAUUUACGUUAAAAUUGACUGAUUAUGGAUCUCACAGUAAUCCUUCAGGUCAGCAUUCACAUUACUGGCUCAAAGUUUGAUAGUCCAGUGACGAACACAAUUGUCAUAAGGUGCCAUUCUGAAUAAUUUGUCCUUGUUAAACCAUAACAACCUGACACAACUAGUAAGACUUCACUAAAUUUCUUAUGGGGGAAUGGAAAUCCACAGGAACUCAACAAAAUUCAAUGGAGUUAGCCAUUUUACGUCAUCUGCAUGUGUCUUUUUUCAUUCUGUGGGCUUAUACAACUAGGUAGAAUUGCAACUUGAAUAUCUGCUGGCCCAAAGAACAGUGGUGGUUCUACGGAAUUGCCAAUUAAGCCAACCAGUGGUCUGUUUGAAACACAAACCACUGUGUAAAACAUGAAAAUGGAUCUUUGUUGGCUUUGUUAGCAGGAGAUAUUUAUGUAUGGUUGUUGUCUCUAUGCCAGAGACCCAAUUUCCUUUUGUCCAGUGACAGGUUUGGCAGUAGGCGAGGCUGACAAGUAAAAUGGGUUAGGGUUAGGGUUGGGCUAACGGUGCUUUAAUCUAACCGCAUCAAACAGUGCUUGAUGCCAUCACAGUUGGCAUCAUACUAAAUUAACUGCUUUAUUUCUUCCACUUGUUAUGGACAAAUAUGACCGGAUUGAAAAGUUUCAGAAAAGCAAACGGUUGAAAUUGGCAGUUUUGGGGUGUUACGAUCUAUUAUGUAAUUAUUCUCGUUUUCGGUAUUUUUCCAACAUAAAUGCAUGUAAUUAGAAGCCUUUCAUUCUCCAGUAUAUUUGCAGAAUGCCAAUUUGUAUCUCUGAUAAUCACCGAUAACCACAUUCAUCUCUGAGAGAUUCACAUUCACAGAUUGGCAAUGAGCAGUGGUGCUUUGGCCACAUUCUAGACACAAGUGCAAGACCCUGAUGUCCAAGUAUGUUCCACAGUUCUUUGUUUCAUGAAUGACAUCUUGAUCUGUGUCUAUACGUUAUUCUCAAUCCCGACACCCAUCGUAUUCACUGCACAUCUGUAAUGAAUGCCGACCAUCAGUGGAACAUGGAAUUGGGUUCUUGCAGAUGGAACAGUAGGCUAAUUGACCUAAACAAUCUCAAAAUGUUUGGUUCCUUUAACAAUCAUGCUUCAUGUUAGUUUUGCGUUGAUCUCUUAUAUCAAGUCACCUGAAAACAUAAUGUGAUGAAUCUGGAAUGUGCACCUGUGUUUUUUUUUUUUUAAUCACUGUGCAUCAUCGACACAAAGUUUAUCUGUCCAUGUAAUAUACCUGUGAAGCCAGCAGCAUUUCUAUAGAAACCUGACCACACCUGCCCUGACGCCUCUUUUGGUAGCUUCACCUUCAUUUUUGUGGAAGACAAAACCGUUCUGUACCCUCCACGCCCAAUAUGUGCCAACAGAUCAUAUAUGAUUUAGUUUUUAUAUUGUUUAAUUUGAUAUGAGGAAUGCCAUGCAUUUCCAUAUAUUUUGAUUCAUUAAAAGUAUAUCUUGUCUGUAUAAGAAAGAUGCGUGCGGGGGGGUGAGGAAGGAAAGAUUGUAUUGGGUGAGAGACUCAACAGAGAAGGGUGCUGCAUGGUAUUUUACACUUCUGAGAAUGUGCUAUCAGCUUGACGGCAAAUAAACAAUCCUAGUAUUACUAAACACAGCACUAUCAGGACAACUGAAUAUGGUCGUAAACAUAAAUCACAUUUCAGAAAUGAACUUGGUGCAAUAUUUAAGAUGACAUUUUCUCUAUCUUUUUUCUUUUCUCCUUCCGUAUGUUGUUUCAGAGGGCAGGGGGUUAUAUAUUGAUGUGCCUUCAGAAGAAAUACACUUAACCUGUUUUCAGGCAGAUGGGGGGGGGAAACCUUUUCAUUUCAUUGUUGGUUAUUGUUUGCUUUCUUUAUCAAUAUCCAGUAACAGCUCCCUAAAUAACAUUGUUUAACACUGGAAUGCUACAAAGAUUUAUCACCGCACAUUUGAUACAGAAAUUCCUGCCUUUUUGUUGUGGGAACUUCUUUUUCUCAUGUUCUGUCGUGUAUCACCAUACUUGUGAGGACCCAAUAGAGGGCCCCUCUUUCAAGUUGUCACAAGUAUAGUAAUACAUGUAACACACUCGUAAUUGUCCCAUACACAGUAUUUAUCAGACAGGAUUCUUCCUCGACUGAAUCUCUGCGUGGUUCCUUCACUUUCUUCCGUAACUGCAGACCUAAUUUUAUAGAGAUUAAAAUGGAAAGAUAGAGGAAAAAUCACAAUUUUGUAAAAGAAUUUUAUAAAAAUAAAACAAACAAAAAAAUCAGGAAAUAAAAUGUUUGAUAUAAAAUGA